CGCUUCGCUGCCGGCUGAGUGGAAGCCGUAUGAGACGAGCGGCCGAGGGAGAGCGUCUCCGGCUGCCGGGGCAGGGAUCUUUUCCGGCGGCCUGCGGACCAUGGCCUCCUCCGGAGAGGAAGUAACAAGUGAGGAGAACCAGGAGGAGAACCUCAGCAUGAACUUAAUGGAGUUUUCAGAUGAGAUCCUCUUACACAUCUUGCGAUAUACUCCUGUGUCAGAUCUUGUCCUGAAUGUCCGAAGCGUCUGUCGGAAACUUUCUGUCCUUAGUCUUGACAAAAGCCUCACUCACACUGUGAUCUUGCAUAAAGAUUAUCAGGUGGACAAAGACAAGGUGAAGCAGCUGAUGAAGGAGAUUGGAAAAGAGAUCCAUGAGCUGAACUUGACUGGCUGCUACUGGUUGCCUGGCUCGACUGUCGAUCAAGUGACCCGCUGCAAGAACCUGGUGAAGCUGAACUUAUCCGGCUGCCACCUCACCUCUCUUCGCCUUUCAAAGAUGCUCUCUGCCUUGCAGCACCUUCGCUCGCUGGCCAUCGACGUGAACCCGGGGUUUGACGCCUCCCACUUGAGCAGCGAAUGCAAAGCCACCCUGAGCCGCGUGCUGGAGCUCAAGCAGACCCUCUACACACCAUCCUACGGCGUGGUGCCCUGCUGCACUAGUCUUGAGAAGCUACUGUUGUACUUUGAGAUCCUCGAUCGAUCGCGGGAGGGUUUAAUAAUCUCCGGACAGCUAAUGGUGGGGGAGAGCAAUGUACCCCAUUACCAGAACCUUCGAGUCUUUUAUGCUCGGCUGGCUCCUGGCCCAGUCAACCAGGAAGUUGUGAGGCUGUACUUGGCAGUGCUGAGCGAUCGGACACCUGAGAAGCUGCAUGCCUUCCUCAUCUCUGCCCCUGGGGGCUUUGCCCAGAGCUGUGCUGUUAAAAACCUCUUGGAUUCCAUGGCCAGGAAUGUGACUUUGGACGCCCUGCAGCUCCCUCGAUCCUGGAUGAAUGGUUCCAGCCUCUUGCAGCACUUGAAGUUCAGCAACCCUUUUUAUUUCAGCUUCAGCCGCUGCAGUUUGUCCGGGGGGCAGCUUGUCCAGAGGGUCCUUAAUAGCGGCAAAGACCUCCGCAGUUUGGUCAGCCUGAACCUGAGCGGCUGUGUCCACUGCCUGUCCCCUGAUUCCUUGUUGCGGAAAGCGGAAGAUGACAUCGACAGCAGCAUCGUGGAAGCCCUCGUCACCGCCUGCUGUAACCUGAAGCAUCUGAACCUCUCCGCUGCCCACCAUCACAGCUCCGAAGGCUUGGGGAAACAUUUGUGCCAAGUCCUUGCUCAGCUGAAAGGCCUCCUCUCUCUGGCUUUGCCGGUUUGCGCUGUCGCUGACAUUGCCACAGUGACUGUCGACAAGCCUUCUGUUCAGCCGGUGGCUCACACGGUCACUCAAGGUUUCGGGAAGAAGGUCCGGAUUGGGGUGCAGACAUAUCCCAGGAACUGUUCAGAGCAGAGCAAUGCCAGGCCUCAGUCCUCUGUCUUUUGGACUCUCCUGGAAAACCUCCCGUUUCUGGAAAGGUUGGAACUGAUCGGCUCCAGCUUCUCCUCGGCCAUGCCGCGGAACGAGCCGGCCAUUCGGAACUCACUGCCCCCCUGCAGCAGGGCCCAGCAUGUUGGGGAUGCUGAAGUAGCUGCCAUCGGCCAGCUGGCAUUCCUGCAGAGCCUUACUUUGGCUCAGUUGCCCAAUAUUCUCACGGGCUCUGGGCUAAUUAACAUUGGGGUGCAGUGCCAGCGCCUCCGGGCUCUCUCGUUGGCCAACCUGGGCCUGAUGGGGAAAGUGAUGUAUGUGUCAGCCCUGGUGGACAUGCUGCAGCACUGCCGAUGUUUGCAAGACCUCAGGCUUGAGCAGCCCUAUUUCCAUGCCAAUGCUCAGUUCUUCCACGCCUUGAGCUGCUGUUCCUCCCUGCAGCGUCUUUGCAUCAUCUCCCGGAGUGGGACACUGCAGUCCGAUGCUGUGAUGUCGUUCAUGACUGCCUGCCGUGAGGUGAUCAUGUGCCACAUGUUCAUGGGGGAAUCGCUCACAGUUUGCAAAAGCCUGCAGCAGUCCCUGAUACGGAGUUUUCAGGCUGACCGACCUGCGCUGAACGUGGUUGUGUUCCCUCUCCUGCAUGAAGAUCUAACCGAGGUCAUACGAGAUGUCCCCAUGAUGCACCUGGAUGAGAUCACCUUGUUCAAAAGCCGAGUGGCUGAGGAGCCACCAAACUUGUGGUGGUGAUGGGCAGAGCAACCAGAUUAGGACCCAGCAGUGGGCAAGCUUGCUUCUCCUUGGCUGAGAGUCGCUGCUUUUUGAGUCUCGUGGCCAUUGUUGGAAUGCUGUUCAAUUUUGGUGCUGUUCCAAGGAUCCCAUUUGGGCAAAAUUUGCCCUUGAAAAAAAUGAAUAUGUCUAUCGCCAUCACCACCACCACCACCAUCUUUUUAAAAAAAAAAAUCUAGCCCAUCCUUGUCCCUGCAGAACACGGGAAUGGAUGGCAACUAGAAAUUGGAACUUCUGGUUCAGUGUUACUUCCUUGCUAUUUAAUGUCUGAAUUCUUGUUUAACUUGAGGUGUGAUUAAAGGUAAGAGGAAUUUCCUUUGAAAGAGCGUACCCUUCCCCUCCUGUUCCGAGUCGCAUCCGUCCCUUGUUUGUGGAAGCCGCCUGCUUUUUCUUUUUUACUUUCUUGUGCUUCCGGGUUAUCCUUUGCUUCACUUUUUAAGGCACUCCAGAAAUGGCUGCAAAGGCAAAGACGUGUCUAAACUGCCUUGCAGUCUGGGGAUCCAGGUGAAUUUGGAAUUCUGUAGCCAACUCUUACCUCCGGUCGCAUAGCUGAGGCAUGCUAACGUGACACGUGCACCCUUUCUUCCUCAGCUUUCUUGGAGGUCCAGAGUCAUUUCCUCUUUCCUGAAAACGCUUCGAAUGUCAAAAAAGCAUUUAGGAGCAGCGACAGAGUUCCGAUGCAGUGUUAAUGUUGUCGAGGUCAGAAUGUGUGGAAGGAAGCCCUCCCAUGAACAUUAAAUGCACAGAGGGGUGGCUUAGAUUUCUCUUAUUGUUCCGAGCACUGCCUCUUCUUCCCAGACCAGCUAUUUUUUGAUUUUAGCAGGGAUUCUUUUUGCCUAAAUCCCACCUUUAGAGCAGUCGCUGUCCUAAAAAUCAAGAAUGUAAUCUUACAGAGCAGCACCUGUCCAUCACUGAGGGAUUCAGCAUAGUUAGGUUGCACAAGAAGAUUGUGGAACCUGGCCAGCACGUCUCCUAUAGUCCUCCUCUAGAUGACAUUCAGGUACUUAAAAGACAAAUGCCCCUUGUAAAGAGUGAACACCCAUCCCCUCUCUUUUUUAUCCCCUGAAAUCAGACGUCCUUUUGAAGGGAGCUUUCUCAAAGCAGGCUGUCUCUGUGGUGCUAGAGAUACUGUCUUGGAUCGACCCUUUCGUUUCUAGUCCUUGUCAAAAUGCCACUGUUGCCCAGCGUGUCUUUGAGGGACAGGUAAGGUUCAGCGGUGGCCACAGGGCUAACUUGGAGCCAGCUGCUUCCCUCCAAGAAUGCCCUUUUGCCCUUCCUGGCCUCGGGCCCUCUCGCUUUUGCUGGAUUUUAGAGGAUCUUUUGUUUGGGGUUUCCCUUUGGGAGAUGGUGCCCGUUCUGCAGGAGGACAAAACAGCCUUGCUGGACAGUUGUCCUGGGUGUCACGUAGGCAGGCUGGAGAGGACAUCUAAGAAACGCGUUUGCUUUUCCAAAGAAUGGCGCGAUGUCAAGGCUGGGAGUGCCAGAGCACCCCUCUCCCUUCCUGUUUUUUUCAACCCCUCAUGACUCGCUUCGGCUGCUCUGUGCUCGGCAUCAGCAGCCAGCUUGGGUAUCUGUAACAGUGUGUGUGUGUGCGCGCGCGCAUUCAAAUGUGACACUGAUCUCAGUGUUAAGUGGAUUAACAGUGGAUUUACCUAUCAAGAUGGUAUAUAAACACUUCUGUACACA